AAAUUGAUUGAAAUAAGUUCCCCUUUUUCUUUUCUUUUAUGCUGAAGUGAGUAAAAACCAUAUUAUUUGCUUCAGUUCGUUGAAGCAAAACGUUAAAGAAUCGAAAAGAAAGCGAGUUUAAAAGGCAAUUUGGGUAUGUUUUGAUUGAAAUCGAAGCUUUGAAGAUUUGGGAAACUUUCUUUACUUUUUUUCUUCUUGCUCCUUCGUUGUUGAUCUUUUCACAGUAACUCUGGGAUUUUUUAAACUCUGAAAUUCGUGCGAAAGCCUUUCAACUGUUGCUUGUCUGCAAUGUUAGAAUGCUCAGAAUCAGAGCUCCUUGUUGGGGCCGUUUGUAUCGUGGAGCAGAAAGCUAUAUGCUCAGGCACAGUAAGCUGCCAAGUUGGGGAUAAACUGUUGAGUUCUUAAGCUGCCAAGUUGGGGAUAAACUGUUGAGUUCUUUGUGCUAUACGGCUAUAUUUUCGUGAUUUGUUCUGUAACAGUAGCUUAUUUUGUCGAAUUCAUGUUGUUUUAGAUAGUUGUUACAGCUUUGUGAGUGCGUUUUAGAUAGCGAUUCCUGAAACAUGGUGCCCUUGGGGCCUUCAACUCCUAUGGGUGGUUCACAGUCUGUGCCGCCUUCUCUUUUGCGGACAAAUUCGGGAAUGUUAGGAUCGCAAGGCGGUGGUCUUUCGUCUCAAUCUGGAUUCUCUUCAUUAGUGUCCCCUCGAACACAGUUUAACAAUAUGAAUAUGCUCGGGAAUGCGCCUAACGUGGUUUCCCUUCUUAAUCAGUCAUUCGGGAAUGGGGGUCCUGGUAGCAGUCAGCGUGGAGGUAUUGACUCUGGGGCUGAAUCCGAUCCACUUUCUAAUGUAGGUACUGUGAUGGGGUUUAAUCCCCCGCCAUCAUCGUUUGUGCCAUCGAACAUGGCAAACCCUGGAUCAUCUGGCCAAGUUCAAGGCCAGCAAUUUUCAGACCUGUCCGGUAACCAUAUUUUACCGGAUCAACAGCAGCCCCAACAACCCCAGUCGCAACAUUUUCAACAUGGUCAACCGGGAAUGCAACAGGUCACUGCGCCUCACAAUACCCAACAAGGACAGCUACAGCAGCAACAACAACAGUUUCAAUCUAUUGGAGGAGGGUUGGCUGGUGUUGGGGCUGUCAAAUUGGAGCCACAACAACUGGCUAAUGAUCAGCAGCAACAGCAGUUGCAAUCGCCGAGAAAUCUUGCUCCCGUUAAAUUGGAACAACAACAAAUUGUUCCUACAAGAACUUUGGCGCAGGUAAAAAUGGAGCCCCAACAUUCAGAUCAGUCAUUGUUUUUGCAUCAGCAGCAGCAACAGCAGUUACUCCAAAUGUCACGGCAGUCCCCGCAUCUUUUGCAUCAACAAAGACUCUUGCAGCUUCAACAGCAGCAACAACUUUUGAAAUCAAUGCCUCAACAAAGGUCACAAUUACCGCAGCAGUUUCAACAGCAGAAUUUGCCUUUAAGAUCACCCGUGAAAUCAGCAUAUGAGCCUGGGAUGUGUGCCCGACGUCUGACACAUUACAUGUAUCAGCAACAACAUAGACCUGAAGACAACAAUAUUGAAUUUUGGAGAAAAUUUGUUGCCGAGUACUUUGCACCAAAUGCCAAAAAGAAGUGGUGUGUUUCUAUGUAUGGAAGUGGCCGCCAAACGACUGGUGUUUUCCCUCAGGAUGUAUGGCACUGUGAAAUAUGCAAUCGGAAGCCUGGACGUGGAUUUGAGGCGACUGUCGAGGUUCUUUCCAGGCUUUUCAAAAUUAAAUAUGAAAGUGGUACUCUAGAAGAACUUCUUUAUGUUGAUAUGCCCCGUGAGUAUCAGAAUUCAUCUGGCCAAAUUGUGUUGGACUAUGCAAAAGCAAUACAAGAAAGUGUUUUUGAGCACCUUCGUGUUGUUCGUGAUGGUCAGCUUCGGAUAGUUUUCUCACCAGAUCUAAAGAUAUGUUCUUGGGAGUUUUGUGCUCGGCGUCAUGAAGAACUCAUCCCUAGGAGAUUAUUGAUACCUCAGGUUAGUCAGCUUGGGGCCGCAGCUCAAAAAUAUCAAGCUGCAACUCAAAAUGCAUCAACAAAUUUAUCUGCUCUGGAUUUGCAGAAUAACUGUAACUUGUUCGUAGCAUCGGCUCGGCAAUUGGCUAAAGCCUUGGAAGUGCCAUUGGUAAAUGAUUUGGGUUAUACAAAGAGAUAUGUGCGGUGUCUUCAGAUAUCUGAAGUGGUUAAUAGUAUGAAAGACUUGAUUGAUUACAGUAGAGAAACGAGGACGGGACCCAUGGAGAGUUUGGCUAAGUUCCCUCGAAGAACGAGCACUUCAUCUGGUUUCCACGCUCAAGCUCAACAGCCGGAGGAACAGCUGCAACAGCAGACAUCGCAACAGCAAAUGAUGGCCCAGAGCUCUAAUGGUGAUCAAAGUAAUGGCCAAGCUUCUGGGAUGCAAGUUGCCGGUAACAAUGGUGUGGCUAAUAUGAAUAACUCGCUUAAUGUAGCAUCUGCAACGGCAUCUGCCAGCGUCAUUUCUGGGCCUCUACACCAUAAUUCCAUGAGCUCCAGGCAACAGAAUUCUAUGAAUAAUGCAAGCAGUCCCUAUGGUGGGAACUCUGCUCAGAUUCCGUCCCCCGGUUCCUCUACCACAAUACCGCAAACACAAAUGAAUCCUUCUCCGUUUCAGUCACCAACACCUUCCUCAUCUAAUAAUCCUCAAGCUCCAAACGGUGCCUUAGCAGCAAGUCACAUGAGUUCCGCAAAUUCUCCAGCAAUGAACUUGCCCAUGCAGCAGCCAGCUCUUUCCGGUGAGGCCGGCCUCAAUGAAUCGCAAAGCUCUGUUCAGAAAAUCAUUCAUGAAAUAAUGUCUAGCCAACUUAAUAACACCGGUGGCAUGGUCGGCACCGGCACUCUAGGCAAUGAUGUGAAGAGCGUAAACGGAAUGCUACCACCAAGCAACAACACAGUUCUGAACUGCGGCAACACUUUGAUUGGCAACGGGGCACUCAACAACAAUAAAUCAGUUAGUGGUGUUGGGUUUGGUUCGAUAAGUGGCGGACUCGGCCAGUCUGCUAUAGUGAAUGGAAUGAGAGCAACAAUGGGAAACAACCCUGUAAUGAACGGAAGGAUCAGUAUGGCACAGAUGGCUCGGGAUCAACUCAUGAACCACCACCGACAGGACAUCGGAAACCAGCUACUGAGUGGACUCGGAGCAGUUAACGGCUUUAAUAAUUAUCAAUUUGAUUGGAAACCUUUCCCAUGAAGAAGGAUGAUCAACAAGAUGAUGGGUUCUUUGUUGAUUACACUAUAUAUGAUCCCUCCCGCUGUGUACUAAUUCCAGAGAGAAAGUGAAAAACCAUAUAGCAUAGUGUUUUUAUCAAUUAAAAAAAGCAACUUUGAAGUUGCUCCAGUUUCCUAUUAAUUUGUUUCCGAUGAUCAUUUUACUUUU